AUGUCAACGUCCACACAAAAAUCCCAGAAUCUUUUCCAGGUCUACCUGCGGCUUCGGCCGUCACAGGGAGGCGCAAAUGGAGAACGUUUCCUGAAUGUCGAACAGCCCGAUGAAAACGAAAACCCCAAGCAUAUCACGCUCAACCCGCCCAACGACAGACGGCGGGCCAUCGAAAAGUUUGCAUUUACCCAGGUCUUUGAAGAAGAUGCGAGCCAACUCGACAUCUUCCACUGCACCGGAGUUGCAAGUCUCGUCAAGGGAGUUCUGGCACCUUGUGGGGGAGACGGGACAGACGCGUUGCUGGCAACGCUGGGCGUCACGGGGUCGGGCAAGACGCACACAAUUCUCGGUUCACGAUCCCAACGCGGUCUAACGCAACUCGCGCUCGACGUGAUUUUCCGAUCGCUUGGCCAAAACCUCGUGAACCCCGACUCCACUCCUAUGCUCGAGCAGUCCGUCGCGGCAUCGGAUCCCUCUGAGGCAGCCAUGUUUGCAGCAUCGACAUUCGUCGAUAGCGUGUACGCUGAGGCAGCACCGUUUCGGGCGAGCUCAAGAGCGCCCACUCCCAUGACUGUAGGGUCUCCUCCUUUUCUUCCUCAGUACUACCAUAAUCAAGAAGCAGGCGAGAUGCAACACUUGCAAGCACAGAAGACCAUCCGCAUUGUCACACGGGAGGACUCAGUGGCGCCGCAAACACCGCCUUCAACCCCUCGCCAUAGGGAAGAUCUUCAGAAUCCAAGUCAAGCCGGUCGUGGGAUUGCUUUACCUCGUAGCACUACCCACGGCCCUGGCUCGGGACACGGUAGUCGCCUCCCGCGGGCGGUGGCUGGCGUCAAGCGUUUCAUGACCACAACUGCAUCGAUGCGUCUUAAGACAAGCACUAAACCAUUGCACUCACAGAGCGAGAUAGCGCAGACGCCAUCCCGCAGGCUGCACCGGCCGUCAGCCUUCCCCCAACAACCCGACAUUGGCGCCCUCUCUGUGUCGUGCGAUCCCUCGUCCGAAUACGCCGUAGUCAUUUCCAUGUAUGAAGUGUACAACGACCGGAUCUUCGACCUCCUGACUCCUCCGACGAAAUCCGCUGCUACGAAAGAGUAUCGCCGCCGGCCUCUGCUUUUCAAGUCGACCGAGGGAUCCCCAGAUCGGAAGGUGGUGGCCGGGUUGCGCAAGGUGAUCUGCGGCAGCCUACAGCAAGCACUGAUGGUGCUUGAGGCAGGUUUGCACGAGCGGAGGGUUGCUGGGACCGGCAGCAAUAGUGUGAGCUCUCGGAGUCAUGGCUUCUUCUGCGUGGAAGUCAAGAAGCGACCCAACAGCAGCCGGAGAAACGGAGUAGAGAUGCCAUGGAGCGGUAGCACACUAACCAUCGUCGACCUUGCGGGGAGCGAGAGGGCGAGAGACGCAAAGACGGCGGGGGCAACCCUUGCCGAAGCCGGCAAGAUCAACGAGAGUCUGAUGUACCUCGGACAGUGUUUGCAAAUGCAGAGCGAUGCGGCGAACAAGGAUAAGCCAAACUUGGUCCCAUUCCGGCAGUGCAAGCUGACUGAGCUGCUCUUCUCCAAUUCUUUUCCAUCGGCAACAGCAUACGCCUCGGCACGACACCGCAACCCCCAGAAAGCUGUCAUGAUUGUCACGGCCGAUGCUUGCGGCGACUUCAACGCGACGUCACAGAUCCUCCGGUACAGUGCUCUAGCACGUGAGGUCACAGUUCCGCGCAUCCCGAGCAUCACACAGACCAUCCUCACCGCUGCAGCUGCAGCCUCAGCCCCAGCUCCACCACAACCAUGCUCAAGCCCACUUGGAUCACCUACCUUGCACCGCCGGCCUUUCUCUCCUCCCGGACAUGGUUCGGGUACCUACCCACAGCUCAUGUCCUCUCCCAACAUUGUCCGCACCGUUUCCCCAACGGGCAGCCCCGCCAGCGACGUGCACCGCAUCACCAUGGAGGCCGCCGCCCUCGAGAUUGCACGCCUAUCAGAGGAAGUCGAAUACCUCCGGCAAGCGCUCGAGGAGGAGCGGUCGGCCCGGCAGGAGGCCGAGUCACACCUCCUGUCGAUGGAGGACCGCAUGGUGGAGCUGGAGCAGGUGAUUCGGGAGGACUGCACGGCCGAGUUUGAGCGGCGGCUCGAGAUUGAGAUGGCGCGGUGGCGCGCUACGAUGCAGGUUGAGAUGGAGCGCGGCGAGGAGCACUGGGGCCGCAAGAUUGAGGUGUUUGAGCGGAGCAUGGCCACGGCCACCAUCACGAUCACGGCGCCGAGCGGGGAGAACUCGGCACUUAUUAGUGACAAUGACGACGACGAUAAGGAGAAUGUUCUCCUCGAGAACAUCAACGAGGAGAAUGAGCGGCUGCGACGCGACAAUGAGAUCCUCCGCCGCGAGCUGGCCGCCAUGAGUCCCACGAAACGACAGCCGCUUCAGGAACGCGGCAGCGACGCGAGUCUUGUGGCCAAGAGCAAAUCCUACGCGGAGUCAGGAAGUCCACGCCCCAGCGGCGGAACUGGAUUUGAUGAGGGAAGUCUGCGGGAGAAGCUGGAGAACCUGCGCGUUAGUGACGGGCAGGCUUCGGUUCGCAGCGGCUCUGCUGGGAAUGCGAGCCCCAAGAAGAUGAGAAAGCUAGCGGCGAAGCGGUGGAAUGCUGUUGGUAAUGAUGAUGACAUGUUUUAG